AUGUGCACUCCUAGGCAACGGGCACGGCGGAAGUGGCAGGGCCACGGCCUGGCUCAGAGAGAAACCGGACGGGACCGGGAGCCGCCGCUACCGCCGCCGUUCCUAGAGCCCAGCCCAGCGGAGCCAUCAUGAGUGACCAGCAGCUGGAUUGUGCCUUGGAUUUAAUGAGGCGUCUGCCUCCCCAGCAGAUAGAGAAAAACCUCAGUGACCUGAUUGAUUUGGUCCCAAGCCUCUGUGAAGAUCUCCUGUCUUCUGUUGACCAGCCAUUGAAGAUUGCUCGGGAUAAGGUGGUGGGAAAGGACUAUCUAUUGUGCGACUACAACAGAGAUGGAGACUCGUAUAGAUCACCAUGGAGUAACAAAUACGAUCCUCCUCUAGAAGACGGUGCUAUGCCAUCUGCUCGCCUGCGCAAGCUGGAAGUGGAAGCCAACAAUGCCUUUGACCAGUACAGAGACUUGUAUUUUGAAGGUGGAGUCUCCUCUGUCUACCUCUGGGAUCUGGAUCAUGGCUUUGCUGGUGUGAUCCUUAUUAAGAAAGCUGGAGAUGGAUCAAAGAAGAUUAAGGGAUGCUGGGAUUCCAUUCAUGUGGUAGAAGUUCAGGAAAAGUCCAGUGGUCGCACUGCCCAUUACAAGUUGACCUCCACGGUGAUGCUAUGGCUGCAAACUAACAAAACUGGUUCCGGUACCAUGAACCUCGGAGGAAGCCUUACCAGACAGAUGGAGAAAGAUGAAACUGUGAGCGAUUCCUCUCCACACAUAGCCAAUAUUGGACGCUUGGUAGAGGACAUGGAAAACAAAAUCAGAAGUACGCUGAAUGAGAUUUAUUUUGGAAAAACAAAGGACAUCGUUAAUGGGCUGAGGUCUGUGCAGACUUUUGCAGACAAAUCAAAACAAGAUGCUCUUAAAAAUGACCUGGUGGAGGCUUUGAAGAAAAAGCAGCAAAGUUAAAGUACUCUUCUUGCUAACAAGACAUGCCAUGCACUCAUUAGAUUCCUUUCUUAGAAAAUUCAUUUUCUCCCCAGCCCCCCCUUUUUGGUUACGUCACAUCACAGUUUGCAUCCAGUACUAUCCAUACAUCGCCAUCUCCCCAUGAAUAAAGCUGUACAAACUUUUUCAGUCUCUGAAGCUUACUUUGCACCACAUUUUACUAUCGAGACCUUAGAAUAUAUUUCUGUAGAAGUCAUACAUUUUCCCUCCCCCCUCUUUUUUCCCAUUUAUAUGCAUAAACACCAAUCAUUCUGUUUCUUUUCCUCCCCUCCUCCUGCCUUUUGUUACAUUGGUGUAAAAAAUGUAAAACAAAAUUUAUUAAAUACUGUGGUGUGUGAAAGAGGAAAAACUGGAAAAACGUAUUUCACGUAUGUGUGGGGAUUGGGCAUGGGGGAUGGCUGGUGGGAGGGAGGGAAGAGAGGGUGUUCCUCAGUGUUGUACUAUACUGAUUAACCAGACUUGCAAGGAAACAUUGAUUUGGUGACCUGCUGAAAGUUCUGCUCUUCUAUAGCCUCUUUCCAAGGCACCUUUCUGUCAAUUUUUAUGGAAUGCAAAAGGGGUUUUUGUUUUGAUUUUGUUUUUUGUAAAGCUUAAAUUGAAUCUACAUCUUAUACUUGAGCCUCCAUACUAAAAACAAAAAAAACCCACAAAAUAAAAAAAAAAAAAAUCCUGGGAAA